GGCACACUUUGGAGCAACAUUUUUCCCACCAUAUCGUUCUUCUCCGCCGGUUUGCACUUUCAUUGUAUUGCAACCAUUCUUUGCGCAUCAAGCUCAAAAUUCCGGUUCUUAUAUAAUAUAGAAGAAGAUGCCGACAAGUGAAUACGAUGGAAACGGUAACGGGCUGACAAGGAUUGAAGUUGGUGACGAUGAAGAAGGUCAUCCAACGGUGAAGGCUCAAACCAUUGAUGAGCUUCACUCUUUGCAGAAGAAGAAGUCUGCACCUUCCACUCCCAAGGGCACUUUUCCUGCGUCUAACAGCGUCUUUACCGAAGAACGCAACAAACAGCAGCUAGAGUCCAUCAGUGCAUCUUUGGCAUCACUAACAAGAGAAAGUGGACCAAAGGUAGUGAAAGGGGAUCCAGCUGCUAGGAAGUUCGAAGGGUCAAGGGUUGAACACGUGCCACACCAAAUUCUCACACCCACCAUUGCUGUCAGUGACAGUGCCUUGAAGUUCACACAUGUUCUCUAUAACCUCUCCCCCGCAGAGCUUUAUGAACAAGCUAUCAAGUAUGAGAAAGGAUCGUUCAUCACUUCCACUGGGGCAUUGGCUACGCUUUCUGGCGCCAAGACAGGUCGGUGUCCCAGAGACAAGCGUGUGGUGAAGGAUGAUGUUACUAAGAAUGAACUUUGGUGGGGAAAGGGUUCUCCUAACAUCGAGAUGGACGAGCACAGUUUCAUGGUGAAUAGAGAAAGAGCUGUUGAUUAUUUGAACUCUUUGGACAAGGUCUUUGUGAAUGACCAAUUCUUGAACUGGGACCCAGAGAACAAAAUCAAAGUUAGGAUUGUCUCUGCCAGAGCUUACCAUUCCUUGUUUAUGCACAACAUGUGCAUCCGACCCACUCCUGAAGAGCUUGAGAAUUUUGGCACACCUGACUUCACUAUUUACAAUGCUGGACAAUUUCCUUGUAAUCGUUACACUCACUACAUGACAUCUUCCACUAGCAUUGAUCUUAGUCUUGCAAGGAAAGAAAUGGUGAUCCUUGGGACACAGUAUGCAGGGGAAAUGAAGAAGGGUCUCUUUAGUCUCAUGCAUUAUCUCAUGCCCAAGAGGCAAAUCCUCUCCCUACACUCUGGCUGCAACAUGGGCAAAGGCGGAGAUGUUGCUCUCUUUUUUGGACUCUCAGGUACUGGAAAGACCACUCUAUCCACGGAUCAUAAUAGGUAUUUAAUUGGAGAUGAUGAGCACUGUUGGAGUGAGAGUGGUGUCUCAAACAUUGAAGGGGGUUGCUAUGCCAAAUGCAUUGAUCUCUCUAGGGAGAAUGAACCUGACAUCUGGAAUGCCAUCAAAUUUGGGACAGUCUUGGAGAAUGUUGUUUUUGAUGAGCAUUUUCGAGAAGUUGAUUACACUGACAAAUCAGUUACAGAAAAUACUCGUGCAGCUUAUCCAAUUGAGUACAUUCCAAAUGUGAAGUUACCAUGUGUUGGUCCUCACCCAAAGAAUGUGAUCCUUUUGGCAUGUGAUGCAUUUGGUGUGCUUCCACCUGUGAGUAGGCUAAACCUGUCGCAGACCAUGUACCAUUUCAUCAGUGGAUACACAGCUUUGGUGGCUGGCACAGAAGAGGGUAUAGAGGAGCCAAAGGCAACAUUUUCAGCUUGUUUUGGUGCAGCAUUUAUAAUGCUACACCCUACAAAGUAUGCAGCUAUGCUUGCUGAAAAGAUGCAGAACCAUGGUGCUAAUGGAUGGCUUGUUAACACAGGAUGGUCUGGUGGAAGCUAUGGUUGUGGAAAUCGUAUUAAACUAUCUUAUACGAGAAAAAUUAUUGAUGCUAUUCACUCUGGAAGCCUAUUGGAUGCGGAGUACAAGAAGACCGAGAUUUUUGGACUUGAGAUCCCCAAUAAAGUGGAGGGAGUCCCCUCAGAAAUUCUUGAACCUGAGAACACAUGGUCAGACAAACAAGCCUACAAGGACACACUGUUGAAGCUGGCUGGAUUGUUCAACAAAAAUUUUGAAACAUUCACCAUUGGAGAGAACAACCAAGUGACAGAGGAGAUUCUUGCUGCUGGACCAAUCAUUGGUGAUGCUUAAUUAGGAGAACCGCCCCUUUACUCUCUUGUUAAUUUUCUAAAUUUUGUAACCUGUAUCAAGCGAUCCGCUCCUAGUCAGGAUCACAUCACUUUGGUUACUUGGAUUUGAAGAAAGACGAUAUUUGAGUAGAGGAUUGAUUGCCAUCAUGCCUUGAAACAAAGAAGAAAGUUUUAGAAGUCUUUUUUUUUUUUUUGCAGCUUGCUAAUCAAGAGUCUUGUUCUGUUUGUUUCCUUUUGUUGUUUUGAAGAGAAGUUAUAUCAAGGCAUGCUAUAAAAAUACCUGAGGUUGUUUGAAAGAUGAUUCUAUGUUUGAAAGUGCUACAACAUUUUAGAAGCUAAAAGCUCUAAUGGUUGAUCCUUGCAUGUGUAUUGCGAUAAAUUAGGGGUUAGGAGUUAGGCAGAUGAAGGUUCAAAGUAUAAAGUUUCGGUUUAUGGCUUAUAGAGUUAUGGGGUUUAAGGAUUUUAUGGGUUUGAAGAAUAUAUUCAAGCAAAAUUGUAGAAUUAGAGGCCCUAGAAACAUUUACUACCCAAGAAUGAGAUUCUUUGAUGAUAAUUGCAAAAUCUCCUUUUUGUUCCUGCAUUUUUUGCUACAAA